AUGCCGCAAAUCACCGAAGAUCAGUAUGACGCUCUGCAUGACGGAGGCGAGAUCCAGAUCGCUCGAUUUUUCGAAAACAACCCUGAGUUUCUAGAACCCAACGACCGCACUCGGAAAAUCUGGCAGGAUAUCAACGAUGAUGACGAGCUUCCCCUCUCAGCCGUAUGGGACCAGUCUCUCGCUUGGACACAGCUGUUCAUCACCGGGCCAGACCCAUCAGACCGUGACGCCAUUAAGGCCGUCACUACCGUGAUAAAGCAUGAACUCAUCUUCAAUUUGAGCAGCAUUCACAACGCCGGCGUAUUUGACGUGGGAAAACAGUUGGGUGGUCGCUGGAUGAUCAUUCGCGGUCUCAACAACGAUGGCUGCUGCAACCAAGGCGUUUACUUUGUACAGGACGAGACAAACGCAGAGACGUGUGUUAUGAAAGUGCUUUCCACAGAAGCCAUGGGGAGUAACGAUGCUGCGCGAGAAAUUGGAGUUCUCGCCCGUCUUUCCCAUCCAAAUAUCGUGUGUCUUAUUGAUAGUCAUGUACCGGAUCCUACUCAGCGCCACGCGGCACCCUGGCUGGUGACUGAGUACUGCAACGGCGGCACACUAAACGACUUCAUUAUCUCGUGGAAGGAAAAGAAGGAAUUCGUGCCGGAAGCUUGGGUGUGGCAUAUCUUUGAGUCUCUGGUCGCUGCUGUUCGGUACCUGCAUUGUGGGCCUGAGGAUUCGUCACAGGAAACAUGGGGGCCUAUCAUCCACCGCGACAUCAUCCCCGGCAACAUCUUCCUCACAUACCCAGAUCCAUCCAACACCAACCCCGACCCAGCCUCUUCCACCGCACCACCCUUCACCAUCACCCUUGCCGACUUCGGUUGCGCAAUGCCCUACUCCCCCCCGGAAACUAAACUCCCAAUCAUAGACCCAGAGUACUGCCCCCCUGAAGGCUCAAAAGCCGCAGAGCCAACAGACAUAUACCAGAUCGGCGUCGUGCUGAUGAAUAUGUACUGUAUGAUCGAUUGGCCUGUUCAGGAGAAGUCAAAGGCGGCGGCUUUGGAGCGAGGCGACUGUUGGCCGGGAUGUAAGGGAUAUUCGGAGAAUUUGCGGUGGUUGCUGGGGAAGUGUGUUUGUGAGGAUCCCGCGGGUAGGCCGGGGGCCGAGUGGUUGUUGGAGGUUAUUCGGCAGGCUAAGGCUGGAUUAUAGGUGGUUUGAGUGAUAUAUAUCACACAAAGGU